CGCCGAGGGCGGGUCACCGGGAGCGGAGCGCUCCUGCAGCGCCGCCGCCAUUUCUGCCGCCUCUCGGUGCCCGCCAGGGGGCGGCCUCGGCCGAGCGUGCGGGACCCCGGGGCUGGCGGUACGCGGGGUGGCCGCUCCGGGCUGCCGCGUCCUCCCCCUGGCUGUCCGGCGAGGAAGGCACCCGGGCGGGCGGCGGCCGGAGAGGCAGAGGUGUCACAGAUGACAAAGAGAACACUGUUUUUUUUUCUCUAAGUGAGUCCUCCUGCAAGACUGCUGAUUUAGAGCUCUGGAGCGUGGACAAUUAUCUCACCCCAGGGACAUGAACCCUUUUGGAAAGGCUUUCAUGAGGAAGAACUAGUAGACUGCUCUGACGUUGAGACAAGCUUCUCUGAGAAAAAGAACAGGGGCUGGAGGACCUGUGAUAGGGAGCAACUGUUUUCAGAUACAUACAUUAAAUCUCAGCCGUGCUUUUCUGCCAGCUGCUGCAGAGCAGAAGAUUAGCAACAUGUCCAUAGCUCUCAAGCAAGUGUUUAAUAAAGAUAAGACCUUCCGCCCAAAACGCAAGUUUGAACCUGGAACCCAGAGGUUUGAACUUCACAAACGAGCUCAGGCUUCUCUGAACUCAGGUUUGGACUUGAAAGCGGCUGUGCAGUUGCCCAGCGGAGAGGACCAAAAUGACUGGGUGGCUGUCCAUGUUGUUGACUUCUUCAACAGGAUCAACCUCAUUUAUGGAACUAUCUGUGAGUUCUGCACAGAGAGGACCUGCCCAGUGAUGUCUGGAGGCCCUAAGUAUGAGUACCGGUGGCAGGAUGACAUGAAGUACAAGAAGCCCACAGCGUUGCCAGCACCCCAAUACAUGAAUCUUCUCAUGGACUGGAUUGAGGUGCAAAUCAACAAUGAGGAUAUAUUUCCUACAAGUGUAGGUGUUCCCUUUCCAAAGAACUUCCUUCAGAUCUGCAAGAAGAUACUCUGCCGGCUUUUUCGGGUGUUUGUUCAUGUCUACAUCCAUCACUUUGACCGUAUCAUCCUUAUGGGGGCUGAGGCCCACGUCAACACCUGUUACAAGCAUUUUUAUUACUUUGUGACGGAGCUCAACCUCAUAGACCGCAAAGAACUAGAGCCUCUGAAAGAGAUGACAACCAGGAUGUGUCACUAAAAAGUGACACUGAAGAAAAGCAAAGUCCAAUUUCCUUCUUACUGCAGAGUUCAAGAACGUGAGUCCUCGUAGAAUGAGCCUGCUUGUUAAUCUGUGAAAGUAGGAAAGCUGGGAACCACAGCUACUUUCACAAAUGCUUCCCACCACUGACAGUGUUCUUAACACUGAAUGUGCUGCUAGGAACCUCGUCUGAGCUACAUGGAUUAUUGAGAAAAAGAAGAAUCAACUUCAUAUUAGUUCUAGCUCCUUCAUUAGGGAUAAGAACCUCUUCAGCCAUGAAUGAUGACAGACUGUGCUCCUGCUGCUAAAGCUUUACUGAAAUUCAGAUCCCUGGGCUGACCUCCAGAUUAGCUGUUUUGAAACAAAACUGUAUUGUUAGCUGCAAUAUUUCUUGUUUCUUGUUUUCUUUUUAUUUUGUUUCUUGGUAUGUGCUUUGUUUCCUAAGUGCAGCAGAAUAUUAAGAUGGUCUGGAAUCACAGAAGACUUUUAGCCUUCAGUGCCCCCCACCCCUCACCAGGCCACCCAAGGCUUGGCCACCAUUCCCAAAUGCCAGCAAGACUUGUGUUUCCAGGAAUGCAGACAUUUCCUUCAGCUAAUCAGGCAGUUUGUGCUUCAUUGUGACUCACCAUUUGCUGAAAAUGGGACAGGUUUUCAUCUCAAUCCA